UCACUUUUCCUUUCUCUGUUUUACUUUCUUUCUCUGUCAUUCCCACCAGAACCCAAGUCAUCAAACUCUCUAUCUUCCUUUUGGAAACAAGCUUCCGCUUGUAACCACUCAAAGCAAGAGUGGAGAACAAUCAACUCCUCUUACGCUGCAUUUCUCAACAUGCUUGAAAGAUAGGCAUUGAUGUCAUUUAUCUGUGGAUGUCCUAUACUUGAGUGUGUUUAUUGUCUGGCCUGUGCUCGUUGGGCUUGGAAAAAAUGUCUGUAUAGUGCAGGCUAUGAGAGUGAGAAUUGGGGCUUGGCUACUGCAGAAGAAUUUGAGCCUGUACCUCGAAUCUGUCGUCUAAUCUUAGCUGUCUAUGAAGAAGAUAUUCGUAACCCUCAAUGGGCUCCCCAAGGAGGUUAUGGCAUUAAUCCUGAUUGGGUUAUCUUAAGAAAGGACUAUGGUGAUAACCAAGGUCGUGUUACUCCAUACAUGAUAUACCUUGAUCAUGAUCAUGCUGAAAUUAUACUGGCUGUUAGUGGACUCAAUUUAGCAAAGGAAAGUGAUUAUGCAGUUUUGCUUGAUAACAAAUUGGGGCAGGCUGAGUUUCAUGGUGGUUAUGUUCAUAAUGGGUUGCUGAAGGCAGCAGGUUGGGUUUUUGAUGCAGAAUAUGAGGUUCUCAAGGAGCUGGUAGCAGAAAAUCCAACUUAUAUGUUGAGAUUUAUUGGUCAUUCUCUAGGGGCUGGGGUUGUGGCAUUGUUGACAAUGCUAGUGCUUCAUAAUCGAGACAAAUUGGGUAUACAGAGAAACAAGAUAAGAUGCAUCGCGAUAGCUCCUACUCGAUGCAUGUCUCUCAAUUUGGCUGUAAGAUAUGCAGAUAUAAUCAGUUCGGUUGUACUCCAGGACGAUUUUUUACCUCGGACAACCACUGCUCUAGAAGACGUCUUCAAGUCACUUUUAUGUUGGCCCUGUUUAUUGUGUCUAAUGUGCUUAAAGGAUACUUGCACACUCGAGGAGAAGAUGCUUAGAGAUCCAAGGCGUCUAUAUGCACCUGGUCGUCUCUAUCACAUUGUUGAGCGAAAGCCCUUCAGGAUAGGAAGAUUUCCACCAGUCGUUCGGACUGCUGUUCCUGUUGAUGGGAGGUUUGAACAUAUAGUUCUUUCUUGCAAUGCAACUGCUGACCAUUCCAUCAUUUGGAUAGAGAGAGAAUCCCAAUGGGCUCUCAAUUUAAUGCUAGAGAAAGAUCGGAGUAUGGAGAUUCCAGCAGAGCAGAGGAUGGAGAGGCAUGAAUCUCUAGCUCGAGGACACAAUGAAGAGUACCGUGCAGCCCUUCAGAGGGCAGUUGCUUUGGACAUUCCUCAAGCAUAUUCACCUUCUUCAUAUGGAACAUUUCAUGAAAUGAAUGUUGGGGAGGAUUCUGGAAGAUCAAGUGACAAAGGCUCCCCUUUGUCUUAUAAGAAUCAAACAGAAAAUUGGAAUGAAUUUGUUGGGCGCCUGUUUGAUGUGGAUGACUCAGGUCAUAUGGUGUUCAAGAAGACACAUCCAUAACAAAUUUCUUGCUCUCAAGCUUUAAUAAAGCAUUCUUUGCUUCUUUCUUGCUCUCAUCUUUUGUUAUUCUAUUUUUUCGGCCUAAAGUAAGAAUUUUUUUAUUUAUAUUAAGCACCCAUUUUAGUUCAGUAUGAUGUUCUGUUGUAAUGCAAUCUUACAUGUAGGAUCAACAUGGCCAUGUGAAUAUUCUAGAUUAAUGGUUUGGGUAGUGAGAGCUGGACCACCAUUUUAUGGUUUUGGUGGAUUGUAUAACCUUUAAAAACUUGUCUUCUUAUCUCUUUAUAGUUUUAGAUCAUAAAUGCACAU